UGUGAGGUCCCGGGGAGCGGUAAUGAACGGCAGUCCCCCGGGAAGUGGGGAAUCCACGGUUCGCCGGACUGCUUCAUGCCUCCGACUGGUAUAGAGCCCGCCAGGAUGAACAGGAAGAAAGGAGACAAGGGGUUUGAAAGCCCAAGGCCAUAUAAAUUAACCCACCAAGUGGUCUGCAUCAACAACAUAAACUUCCAGAGAAAAUCUGUUGUGGGAUUUGUGGAACUGACUGUAUUUCCCACUGUUGCAAACUUGAAUAGAAUCAAGUUGAACAGCAAACAGUGCAGAAUAUACAGAGUGAGGGUCAACGAUUUAGAGGCUGCCUUUAUUUAUAAUGAUCCAACCUUGGAAGUUUGUCACAAUGAAUCAAAACAGAGAAAUCUCAAUUAUUUUUCCAAUGCUUACGCAGCGGCAGUUAGUGCUGUGGAUCCUGAUGCAGGAAAUGGAGAACUUUGCAUUAAGGUUCCCUCGGAGCUAUGGAAGCAUGUGGAUGAGUUAAAGGUCCUGAAAAUACACAUCAAUUUCUCUUUGGAUCAGCCAAAAGGAGGUCUUCAUUUCGUGGUGCCCAGCGUAGAGGGAAGUAUGGCUGAGAGAGGUGCUCAUGUUUUCUCCUGUGGGUAUCAGAACUCCACAAGGUUUUGGUUCCCAUGUGUUGAUUCAUACUCUGAAUUAUGUACGUGGAAAUUAGAAUUUACAGUAGAUGCUGCAAUGGUAGCUGUUUCCAAUGGAGAUUUGGUGGAGACGGUGUAUACCCACGAUAUGAGGAAGAAGACUUUCCAUUACAUGCUUACCAUUCCAACAGCAGCGUCAAAUAUCUCCUUGGCCAUUGGACCUUUUGAGAUACUUGUAGAUCCAUAUAUGCAUGAGGUUACUCACUUUUGUUUACCCCAGCUUCUUCCGUUGCUUAAACAUACCACGUCAUAUCUUCAUGAGGUCUUUGAAUUUUAUGAAGAAAUUCUUACAUGUCGAUACCCGUACUCCUGUUUUAAAACUGUAUUCAUUGAUGAGGCUUACGUUGAAGUGGCUGCCUACGCUUCCAUGAGCAUUUUUAGCACAAACCUUUUACACAGUGCCAUGAUUAUAGAUGAGACACCGCUGACUAGAAGGUGUUUAGCCCAGUCUUUGGCCCAGCAGUUUUUUGGGUGUUUCAUAUCUAGAAUGUCUUGGUCUGAUGAAUGGGUGCUGAAGGGAAUUUCAGGCUAUAUCUAUGGACUUUGGAUGAAAAAAACUUUUGGUGUUAAUGAGUAUCGACAUUGGAUUAAAGAGGAACUAGAUAAGAUAGUAGCAUAUGAAUUGAAGACUGGUGGAGUUUUACUACAUCCCAUUUUUGGUGGAGGGAAAGAGAAAGAUAAUCCAGCAUCCCAUCUUCACUUUUCAAUAAAGCAUCCACAUACGCUUUCCUGGGAAUAUUACACUAUGUUCCAGUGUAAAGCUCACCUUGUGAUGAGAUUAAUUGAAAAUAGAAUCAGUAUGGAAUUUAUGCUACAAGUUUUCAAUAAACUGCUAAGUCUAGCUAGUACUGCUUCAUCUCAGAAGUUCCAGUCACAUAUGUGGAGUCAGAUGCUGGUUUCCACAUCUGGGUUUUUGAAAUCCAUCUCCAAUGUCUCUGGCAAAGACAUCCAACCUUUAAUAAAGCAGUGGGUAGACCAGAGUGGAGUGGUAAAAUUUUAUGGAAGUUUUGCAUUUAAUAGAAAACGAAAUGUCUUAGAAUUGGAAAUAAAACAAGAUUAUACAUCUCCUGGAACUCAGAAAUAUGUGGGACCACUUAAAGUGACAGUACAAGAGUUAGAUGGAUCCUUCAAUCAUACAUUGCAAAUUGAAGAAAACAGCCUUAAACAUGAUAUACCUUGCCAUUCCAAAAGCAGAAGAAAUAAGAAGAAAAAAAUUCCGCUGAUGAAUGGAGAAGAAGUUGACAUGGAUCUUUCUGCAAUGGAUGCCGAUUCCCCGUUGCUGUGGAUAAGGAUAGACCCGGACAUGUCGGUACUGAGGAAGGUGGGAUUUGAACAAGCAGAUUUUAUGUGGCAGUACCAGCUCCGCUAUGAGAGGGAUGUGGUCGCACAGCAGGAGUCCAUCUCGGCCUUGGAGAAGUUCCCCACGCCAGCGUCCCGGCUCGCUCUCACCGACAUCUUGGACCAGGAGCAGUGUUUCUACCGAGUGAGAAUGUCAGCCUGCUUCUGCCUUGCAAAGAUUGCAAAUUCAAUGGUGAGCACGUGGACAGGACCACCAGCUAUGAAGUCACUCUUCACUAGAAUGUUUUGUUGUAAAACUUGCCCAAACAUUGUGAAAACGAACAACUUUAUGAGCUUUCAAAGUUAUUUUCUACAGAAGACUAUGCCAGUUGCAAUGGCAUUGUUGAGAGAUGUUCAUAACCUCUGUCCCAAAGAAGUCUUAACAUUUAUUUUAGACUUAAUCAAGUAUAAUGACAACAGAAAAAAUAAGUUUUCAGAUAACUAUUAUCGUGCAGAAAUGAUAGACGCCCUUGCCAACUCUGUCACACCUGCAGUCAGUGUGAAUAAUGAAGUUCGAACUUUGGAUAACUUGAAUCCUGAUGUGCGGCUCAUUCUGGAAGAAAUCACCAGGUUUCUGAAUAUGGAAAAACUUCUUCCAAGUUAUAGACAUACCAUCACUGUCAGUUGUUUGAGAGCCAUACGGGUGCUUCAGAAGAAUGGACAUGUGCCAAGUGAUCCAGCUCUUUUUAAGUCUUAUGCUGAAUACGGCCAUUUUGUGGACAUUAGGAUAGCAGCCUUGGAAGCAGUUGUUGAUUAUACUAAAGUGGACAGGAGUUAUGAAGAACUACAGUGGCUACUUAAUAUGAUUCAGACUGACCCUGUACCAUAUGUAAGGCAUAAGAUUCUAAACAUGUUAACUAAGAAUCCACCCUUUACUAAGAACAUGGAGUCUCCUUUAUGCAAUGAAGCCCUGGUCGAUCAGCUUUGGAAACUUAUGAACUCUGGUACUUCACAUGACUGGAGGUUACGGUGUGGCGCUGUGGACUUGUACUUCACACUUUUUGGCCUCAGUAGACCUUCUUGCUUACCUCUGCCAGAACUUGGGUUGGUUCUUAAUCUAAAGGAGAAAAAAGCUGUGUUGAAUCCUACCAUAAUUCCAGAGGCAGCGGCAGGCAACCAAGAAGCUGCGAGUAAUCCAGGCAGUCACCCCCAGCUCGUUGGAUUUCAGAACGCUUUCUCAAAUUCUCAAGAUGAGGAGGAAAUUGACAUGGACACUGUUCACGAUAGCCAGGCAUUCAUUUCUCAUCAUUUGAACAUGCUGGACAGGCCAUCAACUCCAGGGCUCUGUAAAUUCCGGCCAGCCAGCUCCCGGGCGGCUUCAGUGCCCCCGCACUCCACAGGCUGCGAUGGCGUACCCACCACAAAGCCCCCAUGGAGCAUGGAGGUCACACGGAAAGGAACAGGUAAAGAACAGUCCCCUUUGGAGAUGAGCGUGCAUCCAGCAGUGCCGGCUCCCCUCUCGGUGUUCGCGAAGGAGCCCACGUCCUCCAAGCACAGCGAGCACCACCACCACCACCACCACGAGCACAAGAAGAAGAAGAAGAAGCACAAGCACAAACACAAACACAAGCACAAGCACGACAGCAAAGAGAAGGACAAGGAGCCUUUCCCUCACCACGGCCCUGCCAGCGGCAGGUCUGUGCGCUCCCCGUCCCUCUCGGACUGAG